GUUCAACAUGAACGCGGUCCCAGGAAGCCAAAAUUGCAACAUUUACAUUCACAAUUAGCUCAUCAUCAGCAGCAUCAUCAUCACCAUCAUCAUCAUGGUGGAUUUAAUCCAAUGACAGUAAAUGCUUCAUCUUACGCACAUCAUAAUCUUCAAAGCCAUCAUGCUGGUGCUGCCGCACAUUUUACACAAUUAAAUUCAUUUCAACAACAUUCAACCAUCCUCCAUCAUCCACAACCAUUGUCGUUUGGAACCCUUCUACAUCCAACACCAAUUCUUCCCAACCCUGGUUUAAAUCAACAUAAUGUGCUGACUGCAAACGGAAAGUUCUCUGAUCAGCCAAAACUGACUUCAGGCUUUGAUUUUCCUUCAAUCAAUAGCAACUUUUACAAGCCACUUAGUCAGCAACUUCAUCAAUUUUCACCAACAAACUCAAAAAGCACAAUCAGUAUUGAUUCAUCUUCAGCUUCAACAGUAUCUGAACGUAUUAUGAGUCCACAUUCAACUAUUGAUUCACAUUCACAACAUAUUGCGACACCACCACCAGAACCAUCAACACCUCUAAAUAAACUUCAAACAACUCCUACAACAACAAGUGUCGAGCCAAAUAACAUUUCGGCAUCAUUUUCUGCUUCAUCAGCUUCAUCCGUCUCAUCAUUUACGGCUGUCACCAAUGGAAAUGCAGCAUCAUCCCAACUAAGUCAACAAACCGCAAGGGCUAACAUGCAAAACGGUUUAUUGGACAUUCUUAUGAGUCCCGACAAGUAUCAAGAACUCAUUCAAUAUCAUCAAGCUCAGAAUUCAAUUAUUUUUCCAUCUCUGCAUCAUGCGGCGUAUCAAAUUGAUGCAUUAAAUCCAAGAUUACCUACGUGGGAAUUUUUACAGGAAACAACAGCUCGUCUUUUAUUUAUGGCAGUGCGAUGGGUUCGUUGUCUGGUGCCAUUCCAGACACUUUCAAAAAGUGAUCAACAACUUUUACUUCAAGAAUCGUGGAAGGAACUUUUUCUUUUGAAUUUUGCACAAUGGAGCGUUCCAUGGGAUUUGGCGACACUUUUUGACAGUCCACAUGUUCGUGAAAGAAUUCCUGAUGAUCCGACGACAUGUGUGGAGAUGAAAACAGUUCAAGAGAUUCUGUGUCGUUUUCGACAACUUUCACCAGAUUCAAGUGAAGUUGGAUGCAUGAAAGCGGUGAUUUUAUUCUCGCCAGAAACAGCUCGAUUAUGUGACGCUCAACCAGUUGAAAUGCUUCAAGAUCAAGCGCAAUGUAUUCUCUCAGAUCACGUCCGCUUACGUUAUCCUCGUCAACCAACACGAUUCGGUCGUCUUCUUCUCUUACUGCCUUCACUUCGGGCAAUUCGUUCAACAACAAUUGAA